UGGCUGGGAGUCAGCGGCUGGGUGUGUGCAGGCAGCGCGGAUGAAGCUUUUACCUGUCUAGGUAAGUCAGGAGGAGGUCAAAAGAAGAAAAUAGUAGGAGACGGCUGCCUGCCUUCGGAGGGACAAGGCGUCUCCAUCUCUGCCCUUUGGAAUAGAAGGGCCUUCCUUUCUUCUCUUCAGACCCCAAGCCAGAGAAGGCCCAGCUUGGGACAUUCUCCACUCCCAUUCACUUCCCCUCUGGGAGCCCCUUUCACCACCCUGCGCCUUGCUUCGGGCGAUGCCCAAGAGGGAGCUUUGGCCAGCAGGGCCUUGCUCAGAACCCGUGACCCACAUCGGCAGCUGCGACAGCAUGAUGAGCACCACCUCCACCCACUCAGGAUCUAGUGACAGCAGCUACGACUUCCUGUCUGCCGAAGAGAAGGAGUGUCUGCUCUUCCUGGAAAAGACCAUUGGCUCCCUGGAGGUUGAGGCUGACAGUGGACUGUCCACGGACGAGUCAGAGCCAGCCACCAGUCCUCGAAGCUUCCGAGUACUACCCAUCACCCAGCAGGCUCCCCAGGGAAACCCCGAGGUGAUAGACAUUCAGCAAGUGCCUUCGCCAAAGAAAGUGGCCCAGACCUCUGGUCCUCCCAAGUCGCCCAGUCUAGGCCUCAGAUCUGGUUCCUACAGCCUUCCCAGAAACCUCCACCUCAGCAGAAGCCAGAACCUCAGGGAAAGUGCCACUCAGACUAACAGCCGUGGCUCUCAAACACCUGGGGUGUUCUUAGAGCCUGAGACAGGACGGAGCAGCCCUGAGCCCAUCCAGCCACCGGCCCCAUCCAGGGGAACUACCCUUGAUCUGAACACAGUUCUCAUCCCCCCACCAGAGGCUUUUCGGGACAUUAGGCCAAAGCAAAGUGGGGAAGAGAGCCCACUUAAAGAGCUAGGAGAGAAGAGACACACACCACAGGCCCAUACGCUGGUCAGCUCCCCGAAGAAAGAGCCUUCGGAAGCCAUGUCCCAUAAAGCCGCUGAGAAAGGCUGGACAGAAGAUCCUCAACAACCACAGCUGCCUCCUGCCCAGUCAUCUCAGAAUACAAGAGCUGAAGAGGCUCCCUUACCAUCAGGGCCCAAGUCACAUACCCAACAGGCUGCCCUCCCAGCCCCAAAGGCCCGUAAGCUGCCUCCUAAUAUCGUUCUGAAGAGCAGCCGAAGCAGUUUCCACAGCCAACCCCAGAACUGGCUGUCAAAUCACACAGAGGCUACGGACUCUGGGCCUGCGCCUUCUUCCCUGCAGGAACAAAAGAAAGCCCGUAGAGAGGCUCUGGAAAAGUUAGGGCUGCCCCAGGACCAAGAUGAUCCCAGCCUACUUAUAAAUAAACACACCAGUACCCUCAAAGUCAAGGAGGCUCAGGCUCAGAGCCAUUCCCAAGCCCCGGCCAUGGUUCAGCAAGCAUCUCCAGCUCUGGUCCCAGAAGCUGCUUCUGCCCAGGGGAAAGCUUCUCCGAUGAAGGCUGUUGUUACUCCUGUGGCCUCUUCAGGCAAGAGUUGGGUUCCUGCUCAGGAAACCCCUCCAGAGAAGGUUGCAGCUGCCAAGUCUGUGCCCAUUCCUAUCCCUAAGACCUCAAAGGUAAACAGUUUCCUAACACAGCCCAAGCCUGACGCCCCGCUGACCCUGAAGGAAAGUAGCAUCCCUGGAUUGAGACAGAUAAACUUCAAGUCCAAUACCCUGGAGCGCUCGGGCGUGGGAUUGAGCAGCUAUCUCUCGGCAGCCGAGAAAGACCCCAAAUGCCAAGCCAGCACAUCUCUGGGAGAGAGCCCCACCUUGGACAAGGUUUCGCCCAGCGUCUUGCGUAAUUCCCGGCCCCGGCCCGCCUCCUUGGGCAUGGCAAAGGACUUUACAGAAAUCCAGGGGGGCAAGAUGGUUGGCCUGGGGCAAGGCCAGCACUCCCGGCAGCUGUCCUUCAAAGGGCAGAGCCCCGACAAGCUGCCUCGACCCCUCUGUGUCAGUGUCAAGAUAACCCCAAAGGGCAUUUCCGAUGGACACAGGAGGGAGGCGCUAAAGAAACUGGGACUCUUGAAGGAGUAACUAGGUCACUGGCCUAGCCCGCACCAACCCACCAGAAGAGACUGACUCUACAUAGAGCCUUGGCAGCCUCACAGCGCGGCUCAGGGCCGGCGUUCCCCCCCCCCCCCUGUCUGAGGCGAAGAAGGAAGAGGCUCGAGGCCAAGCACAUGUCUGUACUCAGAGCAGUUGUGUUGUUGAGUACUUGCAUAGACCACGAUGACUCUCCCGGGACGGGAAGGGAGAAGGACAGAGCAAGAAGCCUUAACAUAUAUCACUGACACUGUUUACGUAACACAAGGCGUCACUGUGCAGAGCUCUGUUCUCGGUUGCGAUUUUACAAGUGUACAGUUCAGCCUGUCCCAGAACUGAGUGGAGCCGAGUGGCCAAACCUGAGAAGCAAAGUCUAAGGAGACAAAAGUGGUAGAGAACUUAAAAAAAAAAGAUGAAUGACAUUGCACACGUGGCGUGACUGUGGUCACAGGAACCGUGGGAUGAGUUUUUACAGUAAAUGGAGACUGCUUCGUAUCUGCCAGGCCUCUCUCUCAGGGUCUUCUGGGAAAGGCCAGAGGUCGGGGG